AUGGCUUCUUUUCUCGCAUAUUGGAGUCCCCGAACGAAGCAAUCACCACCGAUAAAUGGACUCACAGGAUCUGAUUCUGCAGCAACAGUUUCAGUGAAACUGGAAUCUGUAGAGGAAGUGGAUGACCCAUUCUUUACAGAAUCACCUGAACCUGCGCAUGUGCCAUCUUACUCACAAGGAGGAAACAAUAGGAAUCAACGUACACGAAACCAAUUUCGACCACGAAAUGCGCAUAAAGGCACAACGAGCUACCAACUGCGACAAUAUGCUGAAGCAACACUUGGCGGUGGUAGUUUGAGGAAGGUGGUCAAAUUGCCAGAAGGUGAAGACGAGAAUGAGUGGCUUGCAGUCAAUAUGGUGGACUUUUACAACCAUAUAAAUUUACUUUACGGUUCAAUUACAGAGUUUUGCUCUCCACAAUCGUGUCCUGAAAUGAAGGCUACGGAUGAGUUCGAAUAUCUUUGGCAAGACAACGAGAAUUUCAAACGACCAACCAAAAUGCCUGCGCCAACUUAUAUUGAACAUUUGAUGGCCUGGGUUCAAGCCAGUAUUGACAAUGAAACUGUUUUCCCAAGCAGAAUUGGUGUCCCUUUUCCAAAAGGCUUUUCAACCAUGAUCAAACAAGUCUUCAAGAGAAUGUACCGAGUCUAUGCCCAUAUCUACUGUCAUCAUUACCCUGUCAUUCGUGAGCUUGGGUUAGAGGCCCAUCUUAAUACAAGCUUCAAACAUUAUGUUCUCUUCAUUGAUGAACACGAUCUUGCAAGCGGCAAAGACUUUUGGGGUCCUCUGGGUGAUCUGGUCGACAGUAUGCUUAGGACUGAUUAG